UGUCGGGGACUUGGGGGAGGGAGGAUCUCUGUCUUCUCUCUGUCCCCUGCCCCUCGUACAAGAAGCUGCUCCUCUUCACUGUUCCCUCCUGCCUCAGGGUCUCCUUGCCUGGUGACUCAGGAGGCAGGGGCUUCUCAGCUUCCAUACAACCCAACACCCACCCCAGCCACACCCCCAACACAGAGCCACCCCACAAUGACACCCGCCUCUGCUCCCCCCUCAUGGGGGGCCCACUCCACCCCACCCCUGGCCUUGGUCACUCCCCCUCCCUCCUGCCGGUCCUCCCAGGACCAUCCUGGGCUGCGGAUAGGUCCUCUGAUCCCUGAGCAGGAUUAUGAACGGCUAGAGGACUGUGACCCUGAGGGGUCCCAAGACUCACCCCUCCAUGGAGAGGACCAUCAACCCUUGCUUCAUGUGCCCGAAGGACUCCGUGGCUCCUGGCAUCACAUCCAGAACCUGGACAGCUUCUUCACCAAGAUCUACAGCUUCCACCAGCGGAAUGGUUUUGCCUGCAUCCUAUUGGAGGACGUCUUCCUGCUGGGACAGUUCAUUUUCAUCGUCACCUUCACAACCUUCCUCCUUCGCUGUGUGGAUUACAAUGUUCUCUUCAACAACCAACCAAAGAACCAAACAAGACCUGGGCCAUUCCACAGCAAAGUGACCUUGUCAGAUGCUAUUCUGCCCUCAGCCCAGUGUGCAGAGAAGGUCCACGACAGUCCUCUGUUGGUCUUCCUCCUCGUCUUGGCUGCUGGCUUCUGGCUGUUCCAGCUGCUUCGUUCAGUCUGCAACCUCUUCAGCUACUGGGACAUCCAGGUGUUUUACAGGGAGGCCCUGCACAUUCCCCCAGAGGAGCUCAGCUCGGUGUCCUGGGCCGAGGUGCAGUCCCGCCUCCUGGAGCUGCAGAGGAGCGGUGGACUGUGUGUGCAGCCGAGGCCGCUGACGGAACUGGACGUCCACCACCGCAUCCUGCGCUACACCAACUACCAGUUCUCCGGAGCGCUCUUUGCCGCGCUGCUGGUGCUCACCAUCUAUGAUGAGGACGUGCUGGCCGUGGAGCACGUGCUCACUACCAUGACGGCGCUUGGGGUCACAGCCACCGUGGCCAGGUCCUUCAUUCCCGAGGAGCAAUACCAGGGGCGUCCCUCGCAGCUCCUGCUGCAGGCGGCGCUAGCACACAUGCAUUACCUCCCGGAGGAGCCUGGUGCUGUGGGUGCGCGGGCCAGCUCUUACUGGCAGAUGGCGCAGCUGCUUCAGUACCGAGCAGUCUCCCUCCUGGAAGAGCUCCUGUCUCCACUCCUCACCCCUCUCUUUCUGCUCUUCUGGUUCCACCCCCGUGCUCUGGAGAUUAUUGACUUUUUUCAUCACUUCACCGUGGAUGUGGCUGGUGUUGGGGACAUCUGUUCUUUUGCCCUAAUGGAUGUGAAGCGCCACGGGCACCCUCAGUGGCUCUCAGAGGGACAGACAGAAGCCUCACUCUCUCAGCGUGCAGAGGAUGGAAAGACCGAACUCUCCUUAAUGCGCUUUUCCCUGGCACACCCACAAUGGCAGCCACCAGGGCACAGCUCUAAGUUCCUUGGACACCUUCGGGGCCGGGUACAACAAGAUGCAGCUGCCUGGGGUGCUACCUCAACCCGAAGCCCCCCAACCCCAGGGGUGCUCAGUGCCUGCACAUCCCCUCUGCCUGAAGCCUUCCUGGCCAAUCUCUUGGUGAAUCCCCGCCAACCCCAGAGGGACCUUAGUCCCACAGCUCCCUGCCCUGCGGCUGCUACAGCCAGCCUCCUGGCCUCUAUUUCACGAAUGGUCCAGGACCCCAGCUGUGUGUCCCCAGGAGGCACUGGGAGCCAGAAGCUGACUCAGCUCCCAGAGCUUGUUUCUGCUGAGAUGAGCCUCCAUGCCAUUUACCUGCAUCAGGUACGCCAACAGCAGCAACAGGAACCAUGGGGAGAGGCUUCAGCCUCCUCCCCACCCAGGCCCUGGUCCAGCCCUUCACAGCCAGGCUCACCUGAUGAGGAGAAACCAUCCUGGUCAAGUGAUGGCUCUAGUCCUGCUUCCAGCCCAAGACAGCAGUGGGGUAUCCAGAGGGCCCGGAAUCUGUUUCCAAAGCGCUUUCAGGAGACCACAGACACUCAGAAGGAGCCCCUACCGGGCCCCUUGCACUGACUGAUGAUUCUGCAGGUUCUGGCUUUUCUAGCUGCAGGAAAUUGGAUGGGGUGGCAUGGAAAGACACACGGAGCCAUCUUUUGAUGCCCAAUCCCACCCCAGAUGACAGGCCCAGGAUAUUCUAGUUGGUCAUGAUCUGGGAGUCAAAGAGGAGCUUGCCCCAGAGAACAAAGAGUAGGAGUUGACUGUGAGAUGAAGAUGGGCCCUGCAAGUAAGGAUAAGAGGGUAUUAGUGUCCCCCCCCCAGCUCUUGUGGAGUAGUUGCAUGGGAAGAAGGGCCCCAGUGCCCUCAAGGUGGAGGGCAGGGCCAGGCAGUGGUCAAGCUCAGUGUCAGGGAUCAGUGAGGCACAGAGCCUGAAAGGCAGGGAGCUGUUCCUGUCAGCCUCCCCUUUGAGUUCCUGUGGGACUAGGGGUGGGGGGAUUUGGAGACUUGUGAGUGGAAAAACUAGAGAGGGCUGCUGUUUUUGGACGUCUGCACUGCUGUGACGUCUGAGGAAGUGGGUGUGGCUCCUCAUCCUGGGUAAAGAUUGUUCGUGGCUGUGCCGCACAUCUUUGCCAUGGGAAUUUCUGGCAUGCCCCACUCCUGGAAGCCGAGGGCUGCACCUGUUCACUCAAUCACAGGACCGUGUGUGGCUGGUUGGGAACUUUUUUCAGUGUACUGGGUCUCACAGAGAGGUGUCUAGUACUCACUGUCAAAGAAUUACUAUCCCCACAUCUGUCCACAUUAAAUCAUGGAACUUG